CCCGCCCCUCCCGCACCGCGAGGGCCGCGCCAGGGCAGAGCCGCGCGGGCGGGCGGAGGCGCACGCCGGCCGCUGGAGCUCCGGGUCGCCGCCGCCCGCCGUGCACGUGCGGCAGCUGCUGUACUGAACUCCCGCCGCGCGGCCGCUUUGUUGCCUCCGGGCCGCCGGCACCAUGCACACGCCGGCCUCCGCGGGCUCGGGCGACGCACGCGCGGUUGACAUCAUGGACAUAUGCGAGUCAAUCCUGGAGAGGAAGCGGCACGACAGCGAGAGGUCUACGUGCAGCAUCUUGGAGCAGAACGACAUGGAAGCUGUUGAGGCUCUUGUUUGUAUGAGCUCCUGGGGUCAGAGAUCCCAGAAAGGGGACUUGUUAAAGAUAAGACCCCUCACACCUGUCUCUGACUCUGGGGAUGUUUCCACCAUUGUGCACGUGGACGCAGCCACACCCGAGUUACCAAAGGACUUCCAUUCUUUAUCAACUCUGUGCAUGACUCCUCCUCAGAGCCCUGACCUCCUGGAGCCGUCAACAGGGACAGUUGUUCCUUCCCAAGUAACUGAUUCCAAAGCACCUGUGGUCGUGGCUGUCGCCCCAGCCUCUACUGGGGCAGCCGGAGUGCUGAGCAGGAGGGCAGAGAGCGCCCUGCCUGCUUUGAAGGCAGAGCUGCUGGAGCCGGCUGUCAGCCCUCACUGCAGGGCCACGGUGACAAGUGUCAUUUGCCACACUGGGGGGAGUCCUGCUGCUGCCCACGUUCCUACCACCCAGACUCAAGCACACCAACUUUCGGCCAACGCGGAAGGAGAAGCGCAGUUUUUGGGGCACGUUGAAGCUGUGCAGGACACACACCUCACAGACAGUGUGCUCAGCGCUAACUCAGCGUCCUGUCAGCCUUGUUUGCACAAGUCCAGUGGCCUGAGCCCCACCAAAGACCAGCAGGCAGGGUGGCCCGUUGCAAUUCAGACCUGCUCACCAAAGAAUUAUGAAAAUGACUUGCCAAGGAAAGCCACCCCUCUGAUUUCUGUCCCCAUUCCUAGUCCCCCUGUCCUUUGCCAAAUGAUCCCUGUGACUGGACAAAGUGGCAUGUUAUCAGCUUUUUUGAAGCCAUCUCCCCAAGUGUCUGCAGGGACUGUCAAACCCAUCUUACCCCACGCUGCUCCAGUGCCCCAGCCUGUGUUCGUGGGACCGUCUGUGCCUCAGGGAACUGUGAUGUUGGUUCUGCCCCAGGGGGCCCUCCCGCAGCCUGCCACGUGUUCGUCGAGUGGAAUGGCUGUUGGGAAUACCAAGUUACUGCCCCUUGCCCCUGCUCCAGUGUUUAUUGCAUCCAGUCAGAACUGCGCCCCUCAGGUAGACUUUUCCCGAAGGAGGAACUAUGUUUGCAACUUCCCAGGCUGCCAGAAAACCUACUUCAAAAGUUCCCACCUCAAGGCUCAUCUUCGCACUCACACAGGAGAGAAACCUUUCACCUGUAGCUGGGAUGGCUGUGAUAAAAAAUUUGCUCGUUCAGAUGAACUCUCUCGCCACCGCAGAACUCACACUGGGGAGAAGAAGUUUGUAUGCCCAGUGUGUGAUCGGCGUUUCAUGCGCAGCGACCACUUGACAAAGCAUGCCCGGCGCCAUAUGACCACCAAGAAGAUCCCUGGCUGGCAGGCGGAGGUUGGCAAACUGAACAGAAUUGCCUCAGCAGAGAACCCUGGGAGCCCGCUGGUGCACCUGCCGGCCUCUGCAUGAAAGGUCCUCCAGGGAGUUGUGGAUGGGAAUUUUUCAAAGCCUUUUUUCAGGAAUGGAAGUGAUGCUUUUCUCUCCAAAAGAAAUUGUCUUGAGGGCUAGGGGAGCUGGUUCUGAUGAAAGUAUGUUAACUUGUCUUUUUUGGUGGGGAACCCUGUUCAAUAUCUUUUGUAGUUUCAGAAGUUGUUUUAAGGAAAAUGGAAGAAAAUUUGAUAAUCUAAAUCACCAGCAUUCAAACAAACAUUUCGGCAAUAAAUUUUACAAAAUCUGGAUUUUUUUACAACCUUCCUACUCCUGUUUUGUAGAAAUGAGACACGUUACUAAUUUUUAUACUGUUUUUUAUAAAAAAAAAUUUAUAUUGUUGGUUCUCAAAUUGCCAAUUUCUAUAUAGAUGAUUUUACAAUCUUCUUUUCAAUGUUUAACGAUGUUUUUAUAAUAACCCUACUUUUAGUAAAGUUGGCACAUUAUUCAGACAAAAAAACUUUACAACUUUGUAAUCAGGCCUUUUAGAUCUAAGAAUUUUUUAGAAUCAGAACUGGUUGAAUAGGGGCCUCUUAAAGAAAUGGGGGGAAAAAACUUCGCAGUCAGCUUCUUCAUAACAUUUCCAAGGGAAAUUCCAGACAACUAUUUCUUUAAGGCUGUAGCCCAAGGAAUUAAAAUUUUCAUUAAGUAGACCUUAGUCACCUGUGUCCAUGGUGUGACUUGUGAAGAAUGUACCCCAGAGAUUAACGUAAAAUACUCGGUAGAUACCCGGUGAGCAGAGAGCUGAUGUAGGGUCUGAGUGUCUGUACUCUGCUGAGAGCAGACCAUUCAGAGUCUCCUGUUUGUACCUCAAACCCCCAAAAAAGAAAAUGUAAGCACUCAAACCCAGCUGCUUUGUCAGUUGUCAGUUUGACUUCUUUUGCUGUGGCCUUAUCCAAGUGUUUUGUGGGUAGAGUAACUUAGAGAAAAAGAUGUCCUUAGUAGUUGGAGGAACUUUCCACCAAAGUAAAGCUUAUGUAAGGUGAAGCGGACAUGCGUAUGGUCCAGCUCCAGUGUUCUGAUUCCUUUAUUUAUUAAGUAUUAAGAACGACGGGAAAUGCAAGUUACACUAAGCGGCAGUAAUACUACCAAGCUGUCCUUUCAUUCAUUUUGUUUGAAAGAAAUUGUUUUGAUCAAACAGAAAAUUACUUGGAAUGGGGUAUUUUGCAGUCUGGCUAGAGAAUAGACCAUGGGCAUCACUUUGAAGCUGUGAGCACAGGUCCUAGCAUUACAGAGACUGCGCCCCAGUGUCCAGGUGUCCAGGAAGCUGCUGAGACUGCUUUGGUUGGGCAGCGUUGGGAAUCCAGGCAAGAGAGUGCAUGUAAGGAACACAGUGAUAUUGCUCUGCCCUUCGAGCCUGGGAAUGGUUUUUAUUGUGCCAUGUGUAUUUAGAUUUUUGUCUUUGCCUCUUAUUUAUUUGCAUUUACCUUUAUUAAAAUGACGGUAAGGUGAAAUAUUGAAUAAAUAUCAGGUUUUGUGUUCAGGUCUUUUUAGUCUAAUAACCCUUGCCUGGUCAUUCAUUGUAUGUUACUUGAUACCCAUGAAGUAUCAACUGCUAAUUGACAUACAGUUCUGUAAGCGCCGGCUGUGUGUUUAGUAGGCUUCCGUGUCUUUGGAGACUUCUGUAAUUGAGUAUUCCUACUGGUCAUGAGACAUGCUACAGUUGGAAGAGAACCAGAAUUAAAUGUCUAUAGUUCGUGAUUCCCCACCACCCAGUUCUUUCUUGCACUUAUAUCUUAAAUCAGCAUAAACAUUUCUUUGUGUAUGCUGUAAGUGGCAUUAAAUCUGGAUAUUUUUAAUUAUACAAAGUGAUGUUAGUCCUGCUAAAGUUCUGGUAGAUAAUACAACGUCUUUGAGUAUUUGGUUGCUUGUCACCUAGAGCUUCAUUCUCUGAGCAGUGUUGUUGCUAAAGGAUAGAUGUGUUAAAAAAAAAAAAAGUUUUGAUUUACACUUCCAUUUCCUGAUUAGACUUUGAAAUACCUUCUGUAAACAACAUUUUUGGCCCUCUGAUUGAAAGAUUGUAAAUUGGGAAACAGCUUCAUCUGAAAAAUGCAACGUGAGAACCAGAACCCCGCGGUGCGUGUUCAGCGUGGAGUCCUUCCGCUGCGGCCCGGGCAUCGGAGGAGGGCGCGGGCGGCACGUCCCCCAGUGCACUUUACUGCCUGAGCAGUUUUGCUUGAUCUUUUUUGACUUUGAGCCUUUCAAGUAGUUAAUAAAAUGUUAAAUGUUUCAGAAUUAUGUUUUAUGUAACAGACUUUGACUUAUUAUUUAAAUGAAUAUGUGUGAUGUAACUUUUUUCUUUGUAUCAUAUAAAACUUUUUUGAUUUGCAAACUGGA